GUCGCUGCCCAUGGCCAUGUCCAUCAGCCACCGCGGCACCGGCGUCGCCCUCAGCCUCGGUGUAUCCCCGUUUGUUUCCCAGGUGUAUCCCCGUUCCCCAGGUGUAUCCCCGUUUGUUUCCCAGGUGUAUCCCUGUUUCCCAGGUGUAUCCCUGUUUGUUUCCCAGGUGUAUCCCCGUUUGUUCCCCAGGUGUAUCCCCGUUUGUUUCCCAGGUGUAUCCCCGUUCCCCAGGUGUAUCCCCGUUUGUUUCCCAGGUGUAUCCCUGUUUCCCAGGUGUAUCCCCGUUCCCCAGGUGUAUCCCCGUUUGUUUCCCAGGUGUAUCCCCGUUUGUUUCCCAGGUGUGUCCCUGUUCUCCCUGGCCUCUCUCCUGCUCCCGGAGCACUUCCCGCAUUACCUGGCUCAGGUGCGUGCCCUGAGCCUGGGCCCCGCCCUCGUCUGCUCGGCCAAGUUCCUGCUGGCCCUGCCCGUGUCCUACCACACCUGGAACGGGAUCCGGCACCUGGCCUGGGACCUGGGCAAGGGGCUGCGCCUGCCGCAGGUGACCCAGUCGGGGCUGCUGGUGCUGGCCCUGACCCUGCUCUCCUCCGCCGGCCUGGCCGCGCUGUGACAAUUCCCGGAAUUCCGGCCAUUCCCGCCCACUCUCGGGGAAGGUGACGCUUCCCCCCCUCCCCAAAAUCCCGGGAUGAGCAGAGCUGCCCCUCCUGCCCCACCCCCCCCCCCCCCCCCCCCGCAGCAGCGCUCCGUGUCCCCCGGUGUCCCCCGGUGUCCCCCGGUGUCCCCGAGGCCGGGACAAUGCGGGAUCUGUGUCCCCACGAGUGGGAUUGGGAACGGGGCGGCCGCGUGUGGGAUCGCAGCGGGACAAGGAGCUCCAUUGAGGCAGCGCCCCACGGGGUGGGGGGGGGUGACAGGUGACAUCUCGCUGCCACCCCGCUGCCACCCCGCUGCCACCCCGCUGCCACCGCUCGGGGUCCUCAAUCCCGUGGGAAUCCCGUGACUCAGCCCAAUUUUGGGGGGGGGAAAUCCCCGGUUUUGCGGGUUUUCCCGGCGGGGAGGGGUUUGUCACCUCAGGUGUUGUCACCUGUCCCCUGGGGAAUAAAGCAGCUCUGAUCCUCCA